GCAUGGUGUCAACCCUGACAGUCACGAACGUUGCAUAAAGUUCCACAAUCCCGAUAGAAUUUCCAAUUGAAUUUCAUUUAAAAGCCGGUUUGCAUCCGUAAUAAUUCAAUCUGGUUGAUGUAUUAGGAUGUUAACUAAGUCCGUGCUAAUUGCCGCUUUGGGUAAGCGCGCAUCGAGUCUGCUGAUGCAACGUACGUUCAGCAACACGCAAAACUUGAGGCAAUCUAUUAAAAAUCAUCAGCCAAACGGAUUGGAGAAACGCUUAUUGGUGUGGAAUGGCAAAUACAAAUCAGUAGAUGAAGUUCCAGCCUUUGUAGGUCAGGAGGAAAUGGAACGCUGCCGCAACAAAAUGCGUAUUAGGUUGGCAAAUAUUAUGAUUGGUUUGACCGUGGUCGGCUGUGGCAUUAUGAUCUACAGUGGAAAGCAAGCAGCUAAGCGCGGCGAAUCCGUGACAAAGCAGAAUCUGGAAUGGCACAAACAAUUUAAUGAACAAGCCAGCGGCGCCACUCAAGCUAAAUAAUCAUCACAGAAAAUACCAAAUACCUCAACAGUAGCUCAUGUAAUUAAUGUAAAUUUAAACUGUAAUCAUUUGGUAUUUUUGGAAGUUUUAAAAAGUGUUCAGUACCAUUUGUUGCAGCAGGCUGAUAAUUUAAACAGUGAUAUUUUU